AUGAUGGAGUCCCGGGAGGCGGCCGGCGAGGCCAUCUUUGCUGCCAUUUUCGAGGCCGCGCCCAGCCUGCAGGAGCUUUUCAAGACAGCCAGGGCCGUGCAUGCGAUGAGGUUCACGAACGUGCUGAACUCUGCGAUGCAGGUCCUCGAUAACCCGAGGGACUUGAAGAUACUCGCGGAGACCGUUGGUUUCGGCCACCUGAAUUUGGAGGUCACGGCCCCCAAGGGGGCCGUCUUCCGUGACUCCAUCCUGGACUUGUUCGAGUCUGAGCUGGGCGACGCGCUGAGCAACGAGGGGCGCGCGGGUUGGGAGGUGAUCCUGAACUACAUCAUCGGCGCGUGCAUUUACGUCAGGAGGACGUACGCCGAGCGGCUGCGCGUCCUGGCCGCCAGCUGGGAGAAGGCGAACAACCGGGAGCCCGCCCGCAACGGGCUCCUGAUGGGCUCCCGCCUGAGCGGCUCCGGCAGCUCCCUGGGCUCUGGCGACAGGCGGGGCAGAGACGCGGAGAAGAAGGCGUCCAGCCAGCUGCAGUCGCCGCAGCACUCCGGCGAGGUGGGGAAAAAGGGCGAGUCGGGGAGCUCCGAGGAGAACCGCGCGGUCACCCAGAUCUCCAAGAAGCAGCGGACGAGCUUCAAGGAAAUGUUCGAGGCAUGA